GCUUCAACGACUCCGUCCUGGCGCCAAUCCCAAACGGCGAGGACCAAAUGCUCCCACCACAGCUCGAAAACACGGACUUCAAGAUCAUCGCCGCCAACUGCGACCGCAAGAUCCACGCCACCGUGUCCAACAACGCGCAAGCGUAUCAACGUGGCUUCCUUCAUGGACGCCAGGUUACAGCCAGCAUCGCGCAGAUGGACACUAUGGCGAGAGCGAUGAACUGGCUCGCCGCCACCAACCAGACCGAGCACGGAAACUCGAUGAUGGAUUCCUACGACUUUGUCGCCGCUUUCCCGUCGCUGGACCAGACCUGGCUGUGGGAUGCUGACGGUACUGCUAGUCUCGAGAGCGGCCUUGUGCAUGCGCUGAAG